AUGCCUACCGCAACGGUCUGGAAGUUCGCCGAGCGACCGAACUACGUCACUCACGUGGAUAAAUCCUACCCUUAUUCCGAAGUCCCUUACUUAGGAGAAUAUCACUUGGUGCAAAUACCACUUGAGGGCUUAAUACCACACGUGGACUACUGGGGCGAGGGAAGAAUCGUAACUGAUGACGGAGUCCGUGGAUUCAGUAAUUGUUACAACGUCAAUCAAAAAUAUCAACUCGUUAGCAGCGGUUCAGACCGUGACAGGAAGAUUCCGAACCGUAUCCCUGUACAGAGCUUCACGGAAUGCGACACCAGCGCCUAUAUUAAAGAUAAUUCAGUAAUGACUGUCACCGUGGCCGGCCCCAACAUACAUGAUAGCGCUAAAGAUAUAGCCCGCAUCGUCAACGCAGAUGGUAAGGUCAUAGUCUUCGGGGCAACUGGCGAAUCACCUCAAAUCACGGAGCUUAGAGAAGAAUUAAAGAAAAAAGGUUUAUUACCAAGUUUGAACGCAACACUACCAACAGAGUUGCAGGGUUUAACAUUUUACGACAGUCAUGUUAGCUUCUUAAACGCUAAAUUGCUUAAAGAUGAUCUCUAUAAGAACGUUGUGAAUGGCAACUUUGAGGCGGCAACCGAACUGAGUGUGGCUUUUGAUGAAGGCGGAUUUGACGACACUGUCAAAGAAAUUGUAACCAGAUUGAUUGACGCUGUGCCACGUAAUGUUAUGUCUUAUGCUUAUAAACUAUGGUAUGGGGGAGCGCAGAGCAUCGUUCGUAGCGCAUUCCCUCCGCCGUUCGCACUGAUUUUCAACGAAAAUAAUGUCAAGAUCAUCAAUAAACAAUAUUUGCAGCCGUUAAAACUAGAUGUUCAUACUGAUAGCUACAAUGACCGCCUGGCAUGGGGAGACAAUAUAUGCGAGAGCGACAGCAAGCGAUUAAGCUGGAAGCUACUACCCUUCUGGGAGAAUAACGGUGUCAUAUUCAAAAUAUACAGCACCGAAUACAACAUGUACUUAAAAUUAGACGCCAACGUAGAUAACAUUGGGGAUCGCAAAGUUUGGGGAUCAACAAAUUCGAAUGAAACGAGACAUAUGUACUACUUGGAGCCGUAUUUGAAAAAUGGUGUGCUGGUGUUCUUUAUAAUUAAUCGCCGGUAUAAUCAGGGAUUCAAGUUGGAUGUGAGCGUUGACAGAUAUGGUGAUAGAUUACUGUGGGGUCAUAAUGGAAGCGUUUAUAAUGAAUAUCAACGGUUCCGAUGGAUUAUAUCGGCAUUCUAA